AUGUCGGAUGACAGGAUGUCGGACAACUGGUCUCUUUGUUCGGCGACGCCAAUGUUCCCAGCAGUGAACUCCUCUUUUAACUCCUCCCUCCCUCCGUCAUUCAUGGACUGGGAGGCUCCCACCUUCACCGCCGCUGCCCGCGUUCGCGUGGCCGCCACCAUGGUCCUCUUUGUGUUCGCUGCCUUCUCCAACCUCUCUGUGCUGAUCAGCGUGGCACGGGGCCGCGGGCGCCGCCUGGCCGCCCAUCUCCGGCCACUCAUUGCCAGCCUGGCCUCUGCAGACCUGGUGAUGACGUUCGUGGUGAUGCCGCUGGAUGCGGCGUGGAACGUCACCGUACAGUGGUACGCCGGUGAUGCCAUGUGCAAGCUGCUGUGCUUCCUCAAGCUGUUUGCCAUGCACUCGUCUGCCUUCAUCCUGGUGGUGGUCAGCCUGGAUCGCCACCAUGCUAUUCUGCACCCGCUGGAUGCGCUGGACGCCGGACGCAGAAACAAGAGGAUGCUGCUGGUUGCCUGGGUCCUCAGCUUGCUCCUGGCCUCCCCACAGCUGUUCAUCUUUCGAGCAAUCAAAGCAGAGGGAGUGGAAUUCACUCAGUGUGUGACGCAUGGAAGCUUCCACCAUCGCUGGCAAGAGACGGCCUACAACAUGUUUCACUUUGUCACGCUUUAUGUGUUCCCCCUGUUAGUAAUGAGCUUCUGCUACACCCGCAUCCUCAUCGAGAUCAGCCGUCAGAUGCACAAAGGCAAAGGUGGGGCUCCAUGCCUGAGGCGAAGUGGCACAGACAUGAUCCCCAAGGCCCGAAUGAAGACCCUGAAGAUGACCAUCGUGAUCGUGGCGUCCUUCGUGAUCUGCUGGACGCCCUACUACCUCCUGGGUAUCUGGUACUGGUUCCAGCCGGCCAUGCUUCAGGAGACGCCCGAGUAUGUCCACCACGCACUUUUCGUCUUCGGCAACCUCAACACAUGCUGCGACCCAGUGAUAUACGGCUUUUUCACACCCUCCUUCCGGGCCGAUCUGGCUGAUGUGGUCCACUGCUGCUGCCGCUGCCGAUCACAGAACAUCUCCCCAAGGUCCCUGGACCGCCUGGCGUGUCGGAGGGGCAGGGCAAGCGGUGAGGCAGAGUCUGAUAAUCCCAGUGGCGACCAGCCAAGUGGAAACCUGGGGUAGAUAUCGGUGGGC